ACGCUGCUGUGGAGAAGAGCCGCGCCAGACUCCCCUCCACCUUCAGCACUUUCAGAAAGCAAAGGACAGAAGCGGCGCUGGAGUUACAGCUUCUGAACACAGUCCCUCCGAGCACGACCCAGUUAAAACCCGAAAGGUGAAAGGACCUGCAAAGAGCAGAAGCACAGGAUCCCCAGCAGAAUGACUUGGCAGUAAAAGAUGACAGAGCAAACGGGGCAAACUGAGCGGAAGUGGAGGAGUGCCACAGGUGCAGAUUUAAAAAGGAUGUGCCCUCAGCAGAGAGCUCGACACCUGGCCUACGCCGAGCCCUCCAAGGAGGCGAAAGGGUGGAUGGCGGCUUCGAAGCAGCGGGUUCGUGCUCGACUGGCUCAAGAGAGGACGGCAAGCGAGAAAAAUCCUCAGCACGUCUCGGAUUCAAAAUUGCAUCAGGAUGUGCUCAUUGGGCAAUUAAAAGCCGAUGAGGCGAGGAAUAGGAUUCGACACAUGAGGCUGCAGUACCAGAACUUGAGGGCACAGGAAAUUAACUUAAUGAUUUCAUGUCAGUCCAGUGCACAGAGCGCUGUGCGCCUAGAGCUGCUACUGUUGGCACAGGAGAGGAAGAUGAACAGUACAGACAACCUGGACCAGCUACAGAGGCAGAGGGUGGAGGAGAUUCUGGAGGAUGAAAAGGGCCUUACCCUAAUCAGAGGAUAAAUGGAGGCACAGCAGCACUCUAAAAAAGUUCCUCAAGCUCCUUUGUGUGUCCACCUCCAAAAGUUAUUACAAU